UUUAGGAUGGUUCCCCUCCAACCCAAGGAAGCGGUGUUAACCAGUAAACCAAAAAGGGAUAGUACCGUCUAUCGCAAGAAAAGCUUUACAGUUGGUGUUGCUGUAAAAAAACAAUCAAUUGAUGGUGGAGAAAAUGAGCUAAAAAUAGAGGAAAUUUUGUCCUUGAUCGAUAUGUCGGCCUGCCCUUUUCCCCUUAAAUUAGAUCCAAAGCAAUUAAUAUUUAUAAAAGAGGGCCCUUUUGAGAUUAAAAGCAAGAAAACAAAGAAGCUAGUACAUGAAAGACAUACCAGAAACUUUGGAUUUAAAAACUUCCUUAAGAUAUGAAAACGGUAGACUUCAUAAUGCUAACUCCGUAGGAGAAUUAGCCUUUGAUAAGACUAUAUACAAGUGGUUUUUACCUGUAGUUUACUUCAGUGAACUCGUUAUGAAGGAAAAUAGAAAGAAUAGUAUUUUUUCUUCGUCGUUCACUUUUACUUUUGCUUAUGGCGAAAAUUCCACUUUUAACUUCACCGUAGAUAAAAAAUCUGACAACCUUAAUGCAGCAUUUUAUGAUUGUUUUACGGAGCAAUAUUUUAAAGAAGCUCGGAAAACAUAUUCACCGCCCUCUACUUCUAAUAUGCUAGGGCAAGUGAACUCUAGCAAAGUUAAUUUUACCGAUAAAUUAACUUCCGACGCGCUUCCUUCUGUGCCAUUGCAGCUCCCUGCCUCUUUUAAUAAUGAACUCCAAGAAAGCUUAAUAACAAAAUUAAGGAAAUCUAAAAGUACUAUUUCUUUUGAGCAAGUAGACAUUUUAGAAUUCGCAUCUCCGUUAGAAAAAUCUGCCGAAGUUCAGCCAGAGCCCGCCCCACAAAAAAAGAUUUUAAAUAGCCUUCAACUGACGCUAUGGAAAUACCAAGGAGGAGUCGACGAAGAUCUUGUAAACAGCUUGAGUUCUGAAGAACUUAAGCGCCAGGAAUGCCUUUAUGAAAUAGUAUUUAGCGAAGAACAAUAUAUAAAGAAGCUUGAACUGGUUUUGCGCGUGUACGAAAAGCCGCUUAAAAAGCUCAAUAUUAUUCCUCGUGAAGAUAUGGCCAGCAUCUUAGGAGACCUGGGCUUUAUAUACACCAUAAAUAAAGAUCUUUUAGAGCAACUAAAAGUUCGGCAAAAAGAACAAUGGCCCCUCGUACAGGAUGUGACAGAUAUUCUUAUCCCUUUUUUGAAACAACUCGCAAAGAACUACUCUUGUCACUGCGGUAAAAUUAAACGGGCUAACGAGAAUUGUGUAAGACUCAGUCAGACUAAUAUUGAGUUCAAUAGAUUUUUAAACACUAUAACUAUUCAAAAAGAUGUCGACAGUCUUGGUUUGCAAAGUUAUGUAAUAUUACCUUUACAGCGGGUUACCAAGUACGCGUUAUUACUGCGAGAAUUACUCAAGUAUACAUCCAGUGAUCACCCGAGCUUUGACAAUGUUAAAAAAGCUCUUGAGCUUGCGGAGGAAGGUUUGACUAUAAUCAACGAAAACACCCGAGAGGCCGAAAAUUAUGAAAAACUAAUACACAUUCAAAUGUCUCUUGAAGUUUCCGCAACCUUUCCGCCUCCAUCCAUUGUUAAAAACGGACGACUCUAUUUAUAUGAGAAUUAUUUGGACAUACAACUGCUUACUAAAGGAAAGAAUAGGAAGAUGUCAACUUAUACCUUUUUAUUUAACGACGUUCUUUUAAUAACUAAGCCCUUUAAACCUAAGCGGUCUUCUACUGAAUAUACAAAAACAUCGCAUAAGAACGUAAGCUUCACGCGUAGGCCCGUAAUUCAGUUGGAAUCGAAAGAAGUUAACGAAUGUCAAUUUUACAUGUACAGGCCCUUAUUUCCUCUUAUUAGUACUUUGGAAAUAUCCUUUAUCGGAACAUAUCAGUACUCAAUUAACCUUGAGCAUGAUGAUAAAUUUGAUAAAAUCCUCAUUUGUGCUGAGGAUGAGGACACUUGUAACAAAAAUUGGGUGUCUUAUCUUAAACAAUUUGUUAAUAUCACUGACGGAGAAACUAAAAACAGCGCGAGUGACGAAAACUAACUAAAUGUCUGCUGACAGUAUUAUCUAUUUACUUUCUGCCAAAGAUCUUUUACCAUUUGGACUGAGAACGAGGUAAAUAAACAGAA